UUCUAGGUAUUACCACCAUGACUUCGGCAAUAAUCCCGUUUAUGUUAUCUAUGCUACUAGGCCGGACUAUAGAUCUCAGGACAUAUUCCACUGGAGGAAAUAUUUACGAUGACGCAGAUUAUGUAGAGAAUCCUAUCAACAGAAUUUCUACAUCCUACGCAGUUCUUCAAUCAAAUACUUAUCCUUACACGUACUUGGGACUUCCAGUGGACCUUGUGCUGAGACUUAAGGCUAACUUCAUCUAUUCUAGCUCUGGAGCCCUUGGAUUGGAAGGUUUGUUGAAGGAUACCGCGUGGAAAGCCAACAGUGCCAUUGUAGCAGUGGUCACUACAUCCACAACGGUUCAACGAACUCUGAAAGGCGACGCCAAACUACUUCCAAGUUGGCAGGAAAAGAUUCCAAAAUCCAUGACCCAUUAUGUAAACAGCAUGAUCUAUGGAGGGUGGAGUAUCACUCUUUUCCGAUUCAAGUGCAAAAUACAAGGGGAUGUUCCACCUGUUCGGGACACCAUCACUUCCAUUUUAGGAGUCCGUGGGGAUUUCAGCAACAAAACUGUUGGUUUGUUCCAUACGGCCCUGGAAGCAAUUCAUAACAACCCCGAAGUUCGAGGCAAAGUGACAAUCCAGGCCCGAACAUAUUCAAAUCAUCCUUCAAAAUCAGUCAUCGAUAUGCCAAACGAUUUGCAAAAUUUCAUCGCGAAGUUUCCAGAAGAAGUUGGCCAACAAGGAAAACCCCUCUACAUGGAGGUACUGCCGCUCAAGGAACUGGACAGCAAGUACACUGAUGUCAAAGAAAGUCAUAAAUUAGAUGCAAAGCUAGAGGAGGUGGAUGAACUGUACGACGAUGUGAGAAGCACCAAGUUUCUGAUGACUGUUUGGCUUUCGGAAACUUUGACUGUCCUCACCGAAGAACAAGAAGCAAAAUUGACCGCACUGUUUGCUCAUUUGAAUGCAUGCAUUAAAGCUUUUCAUGUUGUCGCCGAAUCAGCAAGUGUUUACAGUGAAAUGAGUGAAAAAGCCAUCGAAUCAGCUCUGCAGCUCUACAUUAAAGGCCUGGAGGUCGGAGCACUGUCCUACGAGCAAGUUUUCCGUCGAUAUAAGGAAGAACUUGAUGUCCAGUGCGAAGAAACUUUCCUGCCUAAAGUUAAUGGUCUCUUGAAAGUGCUGGACAACGAAAGUUUGACGCUGGGGAAAGUCGAGGACGGACUGGAAGAGUGCCAAGCCAAAUGUAUCGCUGAACCGAAAUGCAGAGCCAUCGGUUACGCCGAUUACAUGGCUACUUUGGAAUUAGUGGAUGGGAAUGUUGGAAAAUACGUCAUUGUCAAGAAGGAAAAACUGUGCUGGAUCUACUUCAGAAGUACUAGCACAGCUGCAGUUACUUCUCCAAAAGGAAUCUCUAAGGUUGGAGUUUACGACAGGCAGUGUUAUUGAUUCUUGUUUGAAUGAAACUUAAAUACCAAAUCAUAUUUAUUUUAUAAGUCGAGAAAAUACUGUUAAUGUUGAGUUAAAAUGCUGUCUUUUACUGACUGAAAAGUUCCAUAAAUUUGACCAACAAAGAUUUCAUGGUCAAUUUGUUUUAACUUGUUUAUGACUCAAUACUUUUUGU